ACUGUGAAGCAUGGGGGUGGAAACAUCAUGAUUUGGGGCUGUUUUUCUGCUAAGGGGACAGGACGAUUGAUCCGUGUUAAGGAAAGAAUGAAUGGGGCCAUGUAUCGUGAGAUUUUGAGCCAAAACCUCCUUCCAUCAGUGAGAGCUUUGAAUGGUUGACCAAAUACUUAUUUUCCACCAUAAUUUACAAAUAAAUUCUUUAAAAUUCCUACAAUGUGAAUUCCUGGAUUUUUUUUUUCCACAUUCUGUCUCUCACAGUUGAAGUGUACCUAUGAUGGAAAUUACAGACCUCUGUCAGCAUUUUAAGUGGGAGAACUUGCACAAUCGGUGGCUGACUAAAUACUUUUUGCCCCACUGUAUAUCUCCUGAUGAUUAAGGGAACCCCUCAUGAAACAGUUCUGUAGAGAUUAAGUAGUUUGGGGGGCUUUUUUUCCCACACAUAUAUAUAUAUAUAUAUAUUAUAUAUAUAUAUAUAUAUAUAUAUAUAUAUACAUAUAUAUAUAUAUAUAUAUAUAUAUAUAUAUAUAUAUAUAUAUAUAAAAUACAUCAUUGAGCUUAUCUACGCCCUCUUGUGGUCUGUAUAAUCAUCAACUCCUGUAAACAAAGCAGGUUAUCAUGAAUGUGCCUGUACAAUAUAUAGUACAUAUAUACUUACAGUGUGUAUAUAAAACCUUGUUGGAGGUUAUUAAGAAUCUGCCUGUUACAACAGUACAUAUAAACUUACAGUGUUUAUAUAAAACCUUGAUGGAUGUUUUUUAGAGCGCUUUAUAGGCGGAAUGCGUGGAAUCACUGUUACCUGCAUUGUUAGCUGCAAAUUGCUAGUGUUUCUUUAUGAUUUAGAGUACAUCAAAAAGAGAAAGAAAAGUGUGUUAAUCUGGAUUGUGAAAAUUAAAAUGAAAAAAAAAAAAACGAGGAAUCAAUUUAAUAUACAAAUUGUAUACAUGGUCAGAAAAGGUUGAUGACUUGUACCUAAUUGCCACUUUAUUCCCUGACAUGUCGUGCUAAUACCACAUGACUCUUACUGUAAAUAGAUGCUUUGUACUCAGUACAGUUAGUCCAUGUUGGCUCUCUACACGUGUUUUGCGAUGAGAGGCCUGCUUUCUCCCCGCACUGGUCUUGUACGCCAUGCAGAGACAGGCUGUAAUCAAGGCCAUGUAAUUAAAGAGGCACUGUAGAUUUGAGACUCGCCCCACGAUGGACCGAAAUACCGCCAAACUUGGACCCCGUCCGGAAAAAUGCAACGUCGUCAAACGUGAGUUGAAGCGUUUUUCAUUGAUUAGUUGGUUUUAUGUGCACACUUUCUGCAAAAAUUGUGUUUGAGGUUGUCCGUUUAAAGUCUUUCCUACAUUUUGUUUGCGAACUGAAAAAGUAGAAGGUAGGAACAUGUAGAGAAGAAGGAGAGAAAGAGGGAGGGGAAGCUAAAGCACGGAGGGAUGGACAUCACUUUGCAAAAAAUCCUUCAGUAUAACAGGAAUGCUGGGAAACUCUCCUCCUCUCUUCUAUUCGCCUUUUUUGCCCUCUUCGUCCUCCACUCCCUGAGGUCCUGCUCUCCAAUUAAACAAGAAUAACUUGUUUCGCCGUGAAGAUGACAUCCCGCUUGGUUCUGCAUGUGACCCUGCUGUCGCUGUGGUGCACCCUGGCCCAGUGUGCUCCCAUGUUCUACAACGUGUCCAUGGACGGGAGCGGCGACGACGGGCUGGAGUUCCUCUUCCCCAAGUCCUUCUCCACCCGCGCUCCUGUGGAGGUCAGCGCCGCCCCCACCCAGCCGCCCUCCCUCACCAACACCAUCACCACCACCAUGAUCCGCCUGAAGGACUUCGUCCUGAGCCGAGUGGUGGACUUCCUGCAGCAGAAUCUCCUGAUCAUCGUCGUGGUCACCUCCCUCCUCAUCGUCUUGGUCUUCAUCAUCUGCUGCGCCUCCGCCAUGAGUCAGAAGCGCAAGCUGGAGGCCUACAAGCCCGCCUCGCCCCCUCCUCGGACGAACGCAGCGGAUAAAAGCGCCGGACGUAAGGGUUCCCACGAGUCCCAGGAGAGGCCGUACGCCGUGGACCACGUCAAACGGGUCCAGAUACAAAGCAGGGCGUCGCCGAAGAACGAGCGCACACCCUCCAAGGCUCUGGUGGGAGAGAAGGGAAGAGAGGGGAAGUCAUCGCCCCGCCAGGAGGUGAGGAAGGUCAGGGAGGUGGAGGAGGUGGAGAAGCGGCGGGAGGAGCCCAAGCAAAAAGAGCAGACGAGGUACAGGGAGGAGGCGCAGCACACCUCCAGUCAGCCUGCCUGCACCUGCCACCUGAAGAAAGCCCACCACUAGACCACCUUUCAAACACACCACAGAGCCACAACAUUAGGUACACUGAACUCCCUUUUCGUGCUUCCUGGUGACUCUGACAUCUUUUCUCAAAGUGGAUUUAUCCAACACAUUCAAUACAGAGUGGCCAGAUUAUGAAUUUAAAUACGUUUUUUUUAAGUUUCGAAUUUUAAUCAAGGGUCUUGAAUGAGCCACAGUUAUGGUCAAUGAGACACAAAAAAACCUAUAACUUUCAGGUAGAUUUAUCGUAUUUUUCCAUGUCUUCUAUCGCCUCAUCCUUGCUCCAAAAUGUUGCUGCUGUGUGUGAACGCUCAAAGGUGAUCUUUGGUGACGUCAUGUCGUCUUUCUUCAAAGCUCGACUCCUGAAGGGACCCCCCAUCCACCUCCACAGUAAUCCCAACGUCGCUGCCCCAAAAAACAACACACUUGCUGUGUUUUCAUGCACUAAAAACACAAUCUAUUGCAUCAUUUCAGUGGAUUUCAUUUUUUUUAAAACACAUGUAAAAAAAAACUGCCUCUCUGGUGAAGUGUUAAGGGCAUGUCCAGCUGGGAGGACACGCUGGAGGGACUAUGUCUCACAGCUGGCCUGGGAAUGCUUCGGUGUCCCCCCCUGUGGACCUAGAGGAGGUGGCCAGGGACAGGGAAGUCUGAGCAUCUCUGCUUAGACUGCUGCCCCCGCGACCCAGACAAGGAUAGGUGGCGGUAAUGGAUGGAUGGAUGUAAAAACCUCACUUAGAUAUUUUACUUUAACAAAUGGGAUUAUCAUAUCUACAAAAUCGCCCCCCCCCCCCA